CAAACCCAGCGAACUGCACCGAGGCUGUGGGUAACACCGGUCCAGCAGAGGUGGGCCUCCACGUUACCCAUGAACACUGUGAUCCUAUUUGUACCCCAACAAGAAGCCUGGGUGGUGGAGAGGAUGGGUCGCUUCCAUCACAUCUUAGAGCCGGGUUUGAACUUCCUCAUACCGAUUCUUGACAGAAUCCGCUAUGUGCAGAGUCUUAAAGAAAUAGUGAUCGACGUCCCAGAACAGUCUGCAGUGUCUCUCGAUAAUGUAACACUACAGAUUGAUGGAGUACUUUACUUAAGGAUCUUGGACCCUUUUAAGGCCAGCUAUGGUGUUGAAGACCCAGAAUAUGCAGUCACACAGUUGGCACAGACCACYAUGCGUUCAGAACUGGGCAAACUGACAUUAGAUAAAGUGUUUCGGGAAAGAGAGUCCCUCAACUCUAACAUCGUCCACUCCAUCAACCAAGCUUCAGAUGAGUGGGGCAUCCGCUGCCUCCGUUAUGAAAUCAAAGAUAUCCAUGUUCCACCUCGAGUCAAAGAGUCCAUGCAGAUGCAGGUGGAGGCUGAGCGUAAAAAGAGAGCCACUGUGCUGGAGUCUGAAGGGACAAGAGAGGCAGCCAUUAAUGUUGCCGAGGGUCGUAAACAAGCUCAGAUCCUGGCCUCGGAAGGUGAAAAGGCGGAGCAGAUCAAUAAAGCAGCUGGUGAAGCUCAAGCAGUCUUAGCCAAAGCUGAGGCAAAAGCGAAGGCUAUCCGUAUGCUGUCUGAUGCUCUGACUGAGCAGAAUGGAAAUGCAGCUGCUUCACUGAGUGUUGCUGAACAGUAUGUGUCAGCUUUCUCCAACCUGGCCAAACAGUCUAACACAAUCCUUCUGCCCUCUAAUACCGGAGAUAUUAGUGGAAUGGUGUCACAGGCUAUGACCAUUUACAGUACACUGGCCAAGGCAAACCCAUCUCCAGAAGUGGUGGAGGAGAAAAAGGAGGACACUUGGGAAGAGUUGGCAACCCCUGAAGAGCAGAGGACUGACUAACUUCAGAAUAUUAAAUACAUAAAAACAGAAGAAGCUGUUUUAGUCCACAUGACGCUUUGCGAGCUGUGUUCACAGACCUCCUGACAAGAUGAAAAGGAAAAGAAAGUCGUCCGAUGUCCUGCCCAUAGGAUAGCCCAUCUUUUGUUAGAGGACUCUCCCUGACUGCUGUUUGUUUUAGGUUAUUGUUGGAGURGGAAAUAAAAUCCUCUCAGCAUUCGGAAAUGUUGGCCCAGUCAACUUUUUCUAUGCAUUAUAUUUAUUUACGGCAGCAUACAUUUUACCAUUCAACUUAAAGAUUCAAGUGAACUAUAAAAUUAUCUUUCAUGUGUUUUCUUCUUUCUAUUCUGUUUUUUUAUUGCAUUUUUUCCCCCUGAGGUUGGCUGAAAUAAUCACAUUGAGGUUCUGUAAAAGUGCCAGUUUCAAAAUUAGCUCAGGGGAAGCAUGUCAUGUUUAUAUGCAUUUUCUGCAGCAACAACUCAAUAACUUUCACACUUUGGGACCACAUUCUGAGUUUCUGUAUUUAACAUCUGACUGGAUGCCUAAUAAAUGCUGAAGGCUUGUUAAGUAACAUGUUAUUUUACAUUUUAAGGAGGUUAAAAAUAAAUUUGUUUGUCUUGGUGAAA